GGCGUUGACUUCCGUUUCUGGGUGGAGCACUCGAACAGGAAAUGUCAACGAAAAGGAGCCUUGCACUCCCCCGUGAUUCCCCCAAAAUCCACAGAGCCUGACUGACGACUACAUAAAGAAUCUUACCAUGAAACCAAGAAGAUAUUGCGUGAAAGGAAGUGAGCCGCAUCUGCACGGUCGCCUGCGAGACGCUUAGAUGCGGUGACCGGAACCAAAGCCCAAAGAUGCAGGGAGCCAUCGCGAGGUUGUGUAUGGUGGUCGCCGCCGCCAUUUUGAACCACCCUUCGCUUAUUCCGCAAGAAAACGCCACCAUCGCAGCGCAGGACGAAGAGCUGAUGGUGCGCAUGCGGGAGCACGCCGAGAGGCUGGAAAGGGAACGGUCCAAGUUGGAGGCGGAGCUCUCGCGGGAGGUCGCGAAGGAGGACGAGGGCGGCGGCUGGGAGGACGGUUACAGCUGGUACUUCUGGGGCACGGUGUCCUUUGUGGUGUUCUUGGCCAUUGAGAUGGGCGGGAUGGACACGUUCGAGUCGGACCCUGGGGCGCUCGAUGACGACGACGAAGCGCUUCCCGCUCGCGCGCUGGAACUAGACAAGGACAUCCUGAGCCACUUCUACAACCGAUGGACUUACAUCUCGUCCCACGACACCGGAAGGAUGAGGGAGUUCGUGGAGGGUUUUACCGACGACCUCCUGGAGUCCCUCAGGAGCGUUUCCGAUCGAGAUGCCGACGUGGAGGUCGGGGACUUUGUCGGAAUCGGAAGCAUGUUCGAGUCUUGGCAAGUCCGGAAGACUCCGACGUGUGACCUCGUGGUGCCUUUAUCACCUCCGGAUGCGCUCGACUUCCGGGUCAACCUUUGGUGUGACCCGUCAAGCGACAUGCCCCCCGACAGGCAAGGUUGCGGCACCGUCCGGGUGAGCAGGUUCGGGGACCGCCAGGGGGGUUGCCUGUGCGGCUCGGCCAACCUGGGAGAGGACAUGCUGUGCUUACUGCACGGGAAAACCGACGCGGACCACGUCGUAGACCGUGAUCUUGACGCGUCGCUCUUAGCUAAGGAUCGAGUCAUGAAGUGGUUUCAGGUGUCCCUCACCAAAGCGUGGGGGCGCAUCUCCCACAAGUAUGACUUUGAGGUCACGUUUUGCCGACUUGACGCGACGGGCGCCCUCAAAGUCCGAUUCCCUUCGGGGAAGGCCAUCGUGGUGAACCUCAUACCGGCCAUCCAGAUGGUGGACACUGACGCUUAUCUGGUCUCUCACUUCCCCUCGGACGGCGACGGUCCUCCGGAUCCGUUCUGGCUUCUCUCGCUGGGCGUCUACGAGAGGAAUCUCCUGAAACACUUGGCCAAAUUCCUACCUCGACAUUCCUGCCAUCUGCACUGCCUUCAGGCGGUCACCUUCCUGCACGCAAAGCAGACGACCCUCACGGGGGCGAACGCUUUGACCGACUACCACUGGAAGACGGUCCUCUUGCAUCUGUUGCUGCGUGAUAAACCGUCGGCGUGGAGCGCCGACAAAACCGAGUCCAGACUGCGAGACAUGUUCGGCUUCAUGCGCGGGAGCCUGCGGCAGAAGACACUCCGUCACGUCCUCAUCGGAAACCGCAGAGUGCCGCCAGAGAUCCGCUUUCCCGAGACGAUCCGCAAAGCAGAGCCGGUCAAUCUCUUUCGAGGUUUGGUGUUGAAGAGGGACCUUUACGCGGCCACGGUGCGCCACUUACAAGAGAUGUUGAGGAACGCUGCCGCGCUUUUACAAGAGUACACGCCGCUCUCGAUGUCUGGUGGAGGCUUGGAUUACUAGAAAGAUGGUAGACGUAAAGCACUUUCCGUAUUUUCCGCACUAUAAGGCGCACCUUCAAUGAAUGGCCUUUUUCAAAACCGUUUUCAUCUAUAAAGUGCACCGCAUUAUACGCCGCAUAGAACAGGAGUUAUAAUAGUGGCUGCAGUUCCGUUAUGCAUCCACUAGAUGGAGCCACGCUAAAGGAAUACAACAUAAUGCAGCUUUAUUUCUUUAUAUUUCAGCUGCAGCGCUUUCACAACAGCUUUACAGAACAUUUAAAGUACCAUGUCCAAGAAAUCUGAAUAUUGCAUUAUAGGGGGCGCUGUCAGCUUUUGAAAAAAUGCUUUUAGGUGCAUCUUAUAUUGCGGAAAAUACGUUUAAAAAAUUCAAACGCAUAUAUCGACGUGUUGUGCUGUUGCUACACUAUAUGGACAAAAGCCUUUUGACGCGGCUCUUAAAAUUUGAAUCAUUAGAGGGUUGAGAAAUCAAUCCGGGGGGUUUGCGUAGUCACGUUCGCUCCCCCCCCCCCUGAAUUUGUGAACAAUUCGGGAAGCUUUUGGGCGCAAAGCGCUUUUCUUAUCCCGUGCACAAAAUAAAGUCCAUGAAGGGAUGCUCGGAUGAGUUUGGCGUGGAUGAAGCCCACCAAACACCUCUGGACUGAACUAGAACAGAAAUGGUGAGCCAGGAGACCCUCUGGCCAAACACCCUUGACGGGCAUUAGGAAGCGGCGAGUUUUCUUCCGUUUUCACUUCUUUCAUGGCCAAGUGUCCCAAUUCUUUUGUUCAUAUAGUGUACAAUUCAGUAAACGAUUCUGAUCUGUAAGAGCGGGUGCAUCUUAAAAUAUGGGGGGUGUCGAGGGGUGUAUUGUUUACUCCACUGUAUGGAGGAGUUAGUUGCACAGUGUCCUCGUGAUGCUGCGGGUAUCCAAUAACUUUUGCAAAAAAAAAAAACACCAAUUUGGAAACAAAUGGGGAGAAGAAUGCAAACUACCUCGUUUUGAUGGCAGCUACGUGUUAAAUUCUUAUUCACCCUAAGCCAAUAAAAUCACUUCCCCUCUCA